AUGACGAGCGGCUUAUACAGUCGCACGGACACCGUCUUCCUUCUCAAGUUUCUUCGCGCACGGAAGUUCGACGUCGACAGGGCGUUCACCCUGCUCAAGAACUACUACGGUUACCGGAGCAGGCACAGGAAGAUAUUCCAAGACCUGCUGCCUUCGGCUCUGCACAACAACCUGCGGUACAACUACCAGACUCUGCUUCCUGGCAGAGACCGAAAAGGAAGGGCCAUCCUGGUAGUUAAAUCAGGGCUUUGGGACCCGCUAGAAUACGGGGCGGAUGAGAUGUUCCGCACGAACCUGCUUUGUGUUGAGCAUGCCAUUCAAGACGUUGAGACGCAGGUUCGCGGCAUCGUACUCUUGAACGACCUCCAAGGGAUGAGCCUGCAUCACGUGAGGCAUUGUCCUCCGACUCACUUCAUAAAAAUCAUUCACUUAAUACAGGACGCCUUUCCAGGGAGAUUCAAGGCUGUUCACUUGGUGCACGAACCGUCCGUUGCCCGGGCUUUACUCACGGUCCUUCUACCCCUCAUAAAGCCAAAACUGCAAACCCGAAUCAUGUUCCACGGUUCCGACAUGGCCAGCCUCCACGAGCACAUCUCCCCGGAGGUCUUGCCUCAAGAAUACGGUGGCGGAGGAGGACAUAUGGACAACCAAGACUUUGUGGCCGCGUUGCUCGAGGGCGAAGAGAGUUUCAGGAGAGACCUGCAGUAUGGAUACGCGGACAAAUAGGACAAAGUUCAUUUUAGCCCCGAUUUGAACUACCAGGAAAGCAAGCAUGUCGUCAAGAGUUUGCUUGUGAUGUCAAGGCAAGGAUUCGGCACGAGUCACGAUCUGUGUUUGCAUAACUGUCUAGAGUAGACAACAUCACGACUCUGGCAGGGAGCGGCAACGUUUCAUCAGUGUUAGUUCUAUGAGUCUUCGAAGAAUAGCGUGCACUGCGUUGACUGAGUUUGCAAAAAAAAAUUAUUGAAAAGACCGCGCGACAACAUUUUCCCGGUUUUGAUGACAACGUCCGCGACCUGACGUUGAUUUGCUCGGAGUUCGUCGAGGAAUAUUCCGUGUACUCCAAAAUGUAACUUGCCUUCCCUGGCGAAAGGCAGAAACGAUUAUGUGCGGGCCCACAUGGUGGCAUUUUAUCAUAAGCUUACUUUUUAUCUCCAAAUGGACUUUUUUCGUCAACAAUAAAUUUCCGUCUCCAAUA